AUGCCGAGGGGGGUCCCGCCUGCACCGUGCUCCCGGCCCCCGCCUCUCGGGCUGGGCCCUCCACGGAAGGCACGGCACGGAGGCAGCAGGGGGCGGCACAGCCUCGGGGAGCCCGCGCUGUGUCAGGAAGAGCAGACGCGGCCCGAGAGCCGCAAAGCCGGGGAGCGGCCGGGAGCGGUGUCUGACUGCCAAGAUGUGGACGCUGAGGUCCAGAAACUUCACAGCAAGCAAGCAGUAGAGGCAGUGUUUGAAGUACCCCCUGCCAGCCCCCAGAGGUCUGCUCAGGGCCCCGCUGCCCUGACUGGCCUUCUGCGGGUCACGCGCCGCGACUCCCGUCGACGAGAGCGCCGCCCGCCCGCGCGCAGAGCCCAAGGCGCCCGCAAGUCCACGUCGCCCGGAGGGAAGGGCGGCGGGAGAGUGAGAGGAGAAAACACAGUGACCCCACAGAGCCUGCCCGCGCCCCGCGCCUCCCCGACUCGGGGGCACCGAGGCGCGCCGGGGGCCGCCGCGGGCAGCCCGGGUCCCGCUCCCAGGAGCGGGGCGCCGCCUACGCCCGCCGGCGCGCGCUCCCACCGCGGCUCCCGCAAGCCGCCCGCGUCCCGCCCGCCGCGAGCGCCCCGAGGUCUCCGCGCCGGUCCGCCCCGGUCCCGAGCCACCAAACUCCCGCACGAAAUCGCGGCAGGCGCGGACCCCCGCCCCCGACUCCGCCCCGCGCCGCCCGCCCCGCCCCGCGCCGCCCCCCGCAGCCCGCCAACUUGGUGGGGCCCGAGAGGGUCUCAGGCUCCUCGGCCUCCCCGAGACGAACGCCCCCAGCCCCGGGCCCCGCGGGCAAAGUUAGCGGCCGCGGGAGGUCGCCUCCCCCUCCCCGGCCGCGGCCGGGACCCUCGCUCGGCCCCCGGCGGCGACCUCCCCCCACCCCGUCCCGGCUCCCGCACUCCCGCCCCUGUCCUCGACCCCCGACCGCGAUCCCCGGCCCUGACCCCGGCCCGACCCCUGGACCCUGGCCAGGACCCCCGGCCCCAGCUCCGCCCGCGACCGCUCACCUGUCCGCGGAGGAGGGCGUGCCCGCCGGCUGGCCGGCCGGAGCCCGGGGUGGGGCCGACGGUUGGUGACGACCGGGCGAUCCGGGCGGCGGCGGAGCCUGAGGCGACCGAGUCUGAGGCGACUGAGGCGGCGGUAGCCGCUCCUUGCGCUCCAGCCGAGGCGCUGCGCGCGGCGCGGACCCGCCCCUUCUGCGCUGCUGACCAAUCCCGCGCCGCCCGCCGCCGCUGGCCCCGCCCCGUCCAAGUGCUGGGCCUCGCGAAAGCGGGCGCGGCGGGCCAAUCGAAAGGAGGAACGCAUCACACAGCACGAGCGGUCACAGGCACCGCAGUGACCUCCGAUGGCCCAGGAGUGACCCCAGUUCCUGCCAGCCCUGGGAGGAAAAAAGCAGCUCGUCUCAUGCCCCCGCCCUUGACACACGAGACAAUCCACGUCUGCUGGCAUAUUAUCAUACGUUAGCAGAUCUCUGAGAGCCAAACUGCAGACCACAGCAGCUGGGCCGGGGCCUGGAGCGGGCCGGGAUCCUCCCCCUGGAUGGGACCGGCCUGCCUCGAAUUCCCCACACACUGUGUUCCAGGCACUUCCCCCUUCAUUAGCACUGUGUGUGCCAUUCACCACCCUCUCCAUCGCUGUCACCGCGGUCCUUCCCGUGAGAAGUGCACCCAGGGGCCUGCAUUUAUAAAUAAGUCCGUGGUGUUUGUUGGAGGA